AGAAAGUUGAUCACAUCAUCGACUGCGUUGAUAUUGUGCAUUUCACGACGAACACGUCAAUGCAACGAAAGUUCAAUCUGCGGAGUUGUGACACCUAUGACAAUGGAGGAAAAACAGAGCAGUACGGACACAAAUAUUGCCCCAGACCCAGGGGGGGCAGGAACAUGUGACCAACGCCCUGAGAGAACAAUCAGCAGACAGCUGUCCGAACAGAACCGGUUCGCUUAUGCUGCUCUUUGUGGUGUCUCCUUGGGCCAGUUGUUUCCUGGGUCUGAAAACAGGCUAUUUAGGGAGCAGUACCUACAGGCCUUAGUUCGCUGGUUGGAUCUGGAUGAGUCGGUGAUGCCAGUUAUGGGAGCCUUCCUGUCAGGUUUGGGCUUCGAGGGCUCUGACACCUUCCUCUCCAUCUUACAGGCUGAACCGCUGCUGGCAACAGGGGCCAUCCCCAUCAUGCAGGAUCUGGUGUCUUUUUCUGUCAAAGAUGGCGAGUAUGAUGCCAGGGCAAGGGUUCUCAUCCGUCACGUCAGCUGUCUGCUGCGAGUCUCUCCACAGGAGCUCGAGGAGUUUGAGGAAACUCUAGGAGAGAGGCUGAGGGAAGGAGGAGAGGAGAGCGAAGAGGAGUCCACACGAAGGCGAAAGAAAGAAAGAGGGCGAAAGCUACGGCGUUACCUCCUCAUUGGACUUGCCACCGUGGGUGGAGGAACAGUGAUCGGUGUGACAGGUGGACUGGCGGCCCCUCUGGUGGCAGCAGGAGCCGGUGCCGUGCUGGGGGCUGGAGGUGCUGCUGCUCUGGGCUCGGCCGCUGGCAUUGCAAUCAUGGCCUCUCUGUUUGGAGCAGCAGGAGCUGGACUGGCUGGCUAUAAGAUGAAUAAGUGUGUUGGGGCAAUAGAAGAAUUUGAAUUCCUGCCAUUGAAUUCUGGGAAGCAUCUUCAUCUGACCAUUGCAGUGACAGGCUGGCUUUGCAGUGGUAAAUACAAUUCGUUCCAGGCCCCGUGGUGCAGUUUGGGCGAGUGUGGGGAACAAUACUGCCUAGUGUGGGAGUCGCGCUUCCUCAGGGAUCUGGGCUCCGCCAUGACCUCUCUGUUGGAUGGGCUGGUCAGCAUGGUUGCUCAGGAAGCCCUCAAGUACACUGUGCUGUCAGGUAUUGUGACAGCUUUGACGUGGCCUGCCUCUUUGCUGGCAGCAGCCAGCGUCAUUGACAACCCCUGGUGUGUUUGUCUGAACCGUUCUGCUGAGGUGGGGAAACACCUGGCACAGGUUUUGAGAAGCAGACAGCAGGGGAAGCGGCCCGUCAGCCUCAUAGGUUUCAGUCUUGGAGCUCGGGUUAUCUACUACUGCUUGCAGGAGCUCGCCAGCGACCAAGGUAGUGAAGGAGUAGUGGAGGAUGUGGUCCUCCUGGGGGCCCCAGUAGACGGCUCUGAGAAGGCCUGGCAGAGAAUGGCAAGAGUAGUAGCUGGAAAAAUAGUAAACGGAUACUGCAGAGGAGACUGGCUCCUGGGGUUCUUGUACCGAAGUUCAGCUGCACAGCUGUCUGUUGCUGGCCUACACCCAAUCAACAUCCAGGAUCAGCGCAUAAUCAAUGUGGAUCUUUCCUCUGUGGUUAAAGGUCACUUGGACUACAUGCGUCAGAUGGACACCAUCUUGGUGGCAGUAGGAGUUCCCACCAAAGAAGUCCCAGGAGCCUCUUUUGCUCUUCCUCAUUCUGUAACAGUAACAAAGGGGGCAGUGGGCAUCCCUGACCAAACCACCAAUGAGCAACAAGUGGCCGAGACACAGAGCCAAGGUGAGAAGGCCGAGACUUCUACACAAGAAAGCAGAGAUGUGAAAGAGUUGGCGGAGACGGCCGACGGUUGGGAUAUCCCUGAUAUUUCAGACCUGCUGGACUCAUUAAACGACACAGAAUCAGACAGCAGAGUGUCACUCCAGAACCAUUCAUCCCUUAUUUCUGAGGAGAGUGCUCCUACUAACACAGUAGCCACUGAUUUGAAUGCCCAGUGUGAUGGUUUAGACGAGGCUGACCUGGAUAACGAACACAUAUCAUGGAGCUGGGAUGACACACACUGGACUACAGAAAACUCGCACAAAUAAAGGCGGCCAAACUUGUAAAGAGCAUGUUACAGGAGCAGCUGCUUCCUUGUAAACUCUCAUCAUCUCGAGUUAGUUUUUUUUUUU